AUGACUUUAGUAGAGGAUGCAACGGAGUUCGUUUGGGAAUGCUAUCAGAAACACCUCGCCUCUCCAGCGGCCAAAAAACCACUGUUCGUUUUCUUGAAUGGCCCCCAAGGCUCAGGAAAGACGUACACCUCCCGUCGCCUCGAGCAGUCGUUAUCCGUGAAAAGCGAUGGUCACGUGCUCGUGGCCAGCGUUUCCAUCGACGACUUCUAUUUGACCCACGCAGAUCAAGCUGCCCUGGCCAAGAGUCAUCCUGACAAUGCAUAUUGGCAAGGCAGAGGUCUGCCGGGAACGCAUGACUUGCACCUGUUGGACUCGUGUGUUCAUCAGCUGCUCACGCACGACGAAGGAACCAUCGUUUUCCCUACCUAUGAUAAGGCACGUUAUGCAGGCACCGGUGACCGAGGCCUGCCGCGCUCGCUCCAGCUUCCGAUAGAUAUCGUGGUCUUCGAGGGCUGGUUUGUUGGGUAUUUGCCGCUAGGCGAAACAAAUAAGUCGCUGAGAGAAGCCGCGGCGGAAGGUUAUGGCUUGAUGGAAGUGGACGAGGCUCUUAAAUCUUUUUCGCAAAGGCUGUGGCAGAACAAACAGAUUCCUUCUGUCGGCAUUGUCAUUUCCGCAGAUGUGGUGAACGUGUACAAUUGGCGCUUGGAACAGGAAAGGGCGCUGGGCCUGAACCAGGGCAUGUCGGAUAAGCAGGUGCGGUUGUUCGUUCAACGGUACAUGCCCUGCUACCACCUAUACUAUUCACGGCUGAAGAGCGAGGGUUUCGUGGGCCACAAGACGCUGGUCGUGGAAGUCGAUCACUCGCGCAAGGUCACAGGCAAACGCUUCCUGGAUGCCAAGGGAGCUGUCGAGAGCAAAUAA